GCGCCGAACGAAACGACGGCGAAUCAGUUUCAGUUGUCAGUUCGCAUCCAACUAGAAAGCAGUUAACGAGUGUAGUCCGUGUUUUUUCGUUUGCGGUUAAAAGCCACGAGCUUAAGCAAAAUCCGCCGACCAAUAGUAACAACAACAACCCCAAUUUAUGUGUGUGUGUGAGCAAGAAAUUAUGCGAGCAGAAAUCUAAAAAAUAUAUAUUCAUUGUUUAAAAAUCAAGAAACCAGCACAAGUUUUGCUCAAAACAACAACACAAAUAUAUACUAGCUAAAAACAAAACAGCCCAUAAAAAAGUGCAAAAUAAAUAGGAAAAUAAGUUAAACAGUGCCAGUUAACAGCAACAACGACAAACAAGAAACAGCGAUCAACAAAAUCCACCGGCAGAAUAAACCACAUUGAAUAAUCGCAGUCAACAAGGAGUAACGAUUUAGAAAGCAAUUUUUCGUUGCAAAUUCUUGGCGGAUUACGAUUGAUCGCCAGGUCUUACAAUAAGCUUCGAUACUUUCUGGGCUGGCGAGGAGAACUUGAAAAGGCGCAAAGCUGCAAUUGCACAACGACCUAUUUUACCCCAUGAUGGACGGCUUUGCGCAGGACUGGCCCACGUUGACCCACACAGAGAACGGUCUGGCCAUGGACCAACUGGGGGUCGAGCUGCCCCUGGACGUGGGCUUUGAGCCACAGACCCGAGCCCGAUCCAACACAUGGCCCUGUCCGCGACCCGAAAACUUCGUGGAGCCCACCGACGAGUUGGACAGUACAAAGGCCAGUAAUCAGCAGUUGGCCCCAGGAGACUCACAGCAGGCUAUACAGAAUGCGAAUGCAGCCAAGAAAAACUCAUCGCGUCGCAAUGCAUGGGGAAAUCUAUCCUAUGCGGAUCUCAUCACGCAUGCCAUUGGAUCGGCCACCGACAAACGACUGACUCUGAGCCAGAUUUACGAGUGGAUGGUCCAGAAUGUGCCAUACUUCAAGGACAAGGGCGAUUCGAAUAGCAGUGCCGGCUGGAAGAACUCCAUACGUCACAAUCUGUCGCUGCACAACCGCUUCAUGAGGGUGCAGAACGAGGGCACCGGCAAGUCCUCCUGGUGGAUGCUGAAUCCGGAGGCCAAGCCCGGCAAGUCGGUCCGUCGCCGUGCCGCCUCCAUGGAGACGUCGCGCUACGAGAAACGCCGCGGACGGGCCAAGAAGCGGGUGGAGGCACUGCGGCAGGCGGGCGUGGUGGGCCUCAACGAUGCCACGCCCUCGCCCAGCAGCAGCGUCAGCGAGGGGCUGGACCAUUUCCCAGAGAGUCCGCUCCACAGUGGCGGUGGCUUCCAGUUGUCGCCCGACUUCCGUCAGCGCGCCUCAUCCAAUGCCAGUUCCUGCGGACGCCUGAGUCCCAUUAGGGCGCAGGAUCUGGAGCCCGAUUGGGGAUUCGCCGUCGACUACCAGAACACGACGAUGACGCAGGCCCACGCCCAGGCCCUCGAGGAGCUGACGGGCUCGAUUGCGGACGAGCUGACACUGUGCACCCAGCAGCAGCAAGGGUUCAGUGCCGCCUCGGGAAUCCCCUCGCAGCCCCCGCCACCGCCCUACCAGCCGCCGCAGCAUCAGCAGGCGCAGCAGCAGCAGCAAUCGCCCUACGCCCUCAACGGCCCCGCCCCCGGCUACAACACGCUGCAGCCGCAGUCGCAGUGCCUGCUGCACCGAUCGCUCAACUGCAGCUGCCUGCACAACGCAAGAGAUGGCCUCUCGCCGAAUUCAGUAACCACAACAAUGUCGCCCGCCUAUCCAAACAGCGAGCCUUCCUCGGAUUCCCUAAAUACGUACAGCAACGUGGUGCUCGAUGGUCCGACGGACACUGGCGUAUUGUUGGUGCAGCAGCAACAGCAACAGCAACAGCAGCAGCAGCAACAACAGCAACUGUCCGCGAACUUGGAAGAUAAUAACUGCGCCUCUACUUUGAUAGGACAAUGCCUGGAGGUGCUUAACAAUGAGGCGCAACCGAUAGACGAAUUUAAUCUAGAGAACUUUCCAGUGGGGAAUCUGGAGUGCAAUGUCGAGGAGCUGCUGCAGCAGGAGAUGAGCUAUGGCGGUCUGCUGGACAUCAACAUCCCGUUGGCCACGGUAAACACAAACUUGGUCAACAGCAGCAGUGCGCCCCUGAACAUCAGCAACCUCAGCAACAUAAGCAGCAAUUCCGGCAGCAGUCUCAGUCUAAAUCAGCUGCAUGUCCAACUGCAACAGCAACAGCAGCAGCAGCAGCAGCAACAACAGCAGCAACUGCAGCAGCAACAUCAGCAGCAUCAGCAACAGUUGCUGCUGAAUAAUAACAAUAACAGCAGCAGCAGCCUGGAAUUGGCAACACAAACGGCUAGCACAAAUCUUAACGCCCGGGUGCAGUACUCGCAGCCCAGUGUGGUGACCUCACCACCCUCCUGGGUGCACUAGAAAGUGUUCGUGGAUGAUCCCAGGAUGAUCUUUAGUCGGUAGUCGUCGUUGUGUGUGCGUGUGUGUGUUGUUUGUGUCGCCAAUGGAACGCUUUAAACGCUAAUUCUAAGGACAAUAGUGUAAAGAGUUGUAAGCAGCCGCAGAUGGAUGGGAAACUGGAAAGGGAAACGGAAUCGGUGUAGUAAUCGGUUACGCAGCAGCUGCAGGAUCAGUGAGCAGUAAGCAGGAGCCGCAGCUGGACCGCCACUAAAAAGUUUACAAAGAUAAAUCUGGUCGCUUCUUAUCUAACAUACAUACACUACAUAUACAUAGUUAUAUAAUUAAAAAUAUAUAGUUAUGCAUUACACAUAGAAACGAAGCAUACAAAUAAUACCAAUUAAUCACCAAUAAUUAGAUGCUACAAUUAGUAAAAUUCUCUGUGGCAAAAACAACUUUGUCCACUUUAAAAGGGAAAUUUGAAUUGAAUUGAAAACACGGUUUAGUUAUUAAGUUCAACUUUGUAAAUAUUAAUUUUAAUAACCUUGACGUAAUGAGACCCACAAAUAAUAAACAACAAACAAGCGUUAAACGUAAACUAAACUUUCGAUAAUUGAAUGGAAAAAUAUUCGUUAACCAGCUAUCAAAGAAAAAACCGAGAAAAUGGCAACAGAAGCCGAAAACAAAAGAAAUUAGCACAAUUAUGUAAUAAUUUAUGCUUAAUUAAUGUAUUUAAUUGAAAAUCUAAUUGUAACUGUAUAUUUUUUCUAUGAAGAGCAAAGAAAACCCUUAAAGAAGAAUAAAACUUGUAUAAAAAUAAUAAAUAAGAUUCGCAAUGAUAUACGUAAUAAAUUCUCCGAUUAGUUAGCACACAUCAAAUUAGCUCGGCUUAAAAAAAACCUUUGUUACAUAGCUAUGCCAACACCCAUUUGUAGAUCGUUUAAAUAAAUUGAAUGUAAUACAUGAACUUUCAAAUAAAUGUAAAUGUAAAUGUUGAUAGGCGAAAUAGAAAUACAAAAUUAUAAUAGAAUAUCCACAAAACUCAAACCCAAGCAGAACUAGAAGCAUAAAAAUAAGCAAAUACAUGCGCAUCAUUGUGUACUAUUAUGGGCUAAAUGUUAAUUAUUAACUAGAUUGUACAAUUCAAAUGUAGUUCAUACUAUUUAAAAUGCAAAAACGGAAGGAAGAUGAAUAAACUGAUGAUACAAUAUAAGAAACAA